AUAUGACAGUCAGACAGUGUGUGUGCACUUGUAGAAUAAUAAAAAAAAUAAAAAUAAACAACAACAAGGAAAAUAAUAUAUUUAAUUAAUUUUAAUUAUUAACAAAAGAUGAAAUAUUUAAAUUAUUUAUAUUUUUUUUACUAAUCGAAAAAGUUUUGUGUGAUAAGAAAAUAUACCUAUAAGUUUGAUGUUUUUUUAAUUUUGUUAACAAUUGACAUAAUUUAUUAUUGAUUUUAAAUAUAAAUGAAAAAUAGCAAAAUAAAAUGCCACAUCCUUGUGUUGUUUGUGGUCGUUCACGUAUGAAUCCAAAUAAUCGUAAAGAAGAUUAUAUGUUUUUUGGUUUUCCAGUAAAUAAUGACGAUAGAUGUAAAAAAUGGCUUGAAUUUUGUUCUCGUGAUGAUUUAUAUAAAUUAAAUAAAAAACAAUUAUCACAAAGAAUGAUAUGUUCAAAACAUUUUAUUAAAAAUGAUUUUGUCAAUGAAUUUCGUGAUAGAUUAACAUGUACAGCUGUACCAACAAUAUAUGAUCCAAAACAAAGUUUAUACAAUAUAACAUGUCUUAUUUGUGGUAAAACAAGAAAUGAUCCACCAUUAAAUGAUGAUGAUGUUCCAUCAUUUCAUCAUUUUCCAGGUGAAGAAUUUCGUUGUUUAAAAUGGCUUGAUUUUGUUGGUGUUGAUUCAUAUUACAGAUUAACAAGAAAAGAAAUAUUAUACUGUUAUAUUUGUUCACGUCAUUUUGCUAAAUCACAAUUUAAAAAUGGCUAUAAAAAUCGUUUAAUUAAUAAUGCAAUUCCAAGUAUUAAAAAUCCAGAUAUUGAUAUUAAUAAUGAUGAAUAUAUAAAUAAUAUAUUAAUUAAUAAUGAUGAUGAUAAUGAUGAUAAUGAUGAUGAUGAUGAUAAUAAGACAAUUAUUUAUGAGCCAUUAUCAAAAGAUAUAUUAGAAAGUAAAGCAUGUGCAUCAUGUGGUAGAUUACGCAUUGAUCCACUUGGUAAAAGUCAUAAUUAUAAAUUUCAUCCAUUUCCAGCUUAUGAAAUUGGUAGAUGUUUAAAAUGGUGUCAAUUUUUAGGACGUGAAGAUUUAUUAAAAAUGUCACCAAAUCAAAUAAGAAAACUUGUAUUAUGUUCACGUCAUUUUAUGCAUGAUCAAACAUUUAAAAAAUUUGGUCCAUGUGAUGCUGUACCAACAAUUAAAUAUAAUACAACAACAACAUUAACAACAAAAACAAAUGAUAAAAAAUAUAUUCAUGAUAAUAUUGAUGAUAUUGAAGAAUUUUUAAAAUCUGAUAAUUUUAAUAUAUUAAAUCAACCAAUUAUAUCAAGUAAAAAACCACAUAUUGAUGAUAAACCAGCACCAUUAGCAAAAAAACGUGGUAAACAAAAACGUUCAACAUUCAUUAAUAUUCCAAAACCAAAACAAAAUGAUAAUAAAAUAUUUGCAAAAUUACCAUUACCUCCAACAACUUGUAAUAAUUGGAGAUUUCAAAUUCCAAAUCAAUAUCAUCCAAUAACAAUUUCUAAUAACAUAACAACAACAAGCUUAAUUAAUGAUAAUAAUAAAAAAAUUAUUUUACCAUUUACUGGAAAUAUAUCAAAUUUUGGUACACCAAUACCAGUAUCAAGUCUUUCUUGUAUACCACCAGGAUUAUUAUUUAAAAUUGAUUUACCACAAAAAGAAAAAAUUGGUAGAGGAAGACCAUCAAAAAAAAAACAACAGUUAGAUUAUAAAAUAAUAACAAAUAUUGAUAAUAAAAAUUAUGAAAAACAAUUUUUAAUUGAUGAUAAUGUUACUGAAAAUUUAGAAACAGAUGCUCUUACUGAAUGUAUGGAAGAAGAUAAUCAAAUAAUUGAACAACUUGAAGAAGAAACUGAAUAUUAUGAUGAACAAUUGCAUGAUUAUGAUAAUACUGAUAUUGAAAAUUUUAUUUAUACUGAAGAACGUUUAGAUUCAGAGCCAGAAUAUAUUCAAGAAGAAAUAUUAGAUGUUAAAAUGCAAGAUAAUAAUGAACAGUUAAUUGAAGAAUCAAAUCAAGACUAUAAAAUUGAAUAUAUUGAUGAUGAUAAUAUUAUUAAUAAUGAUGAUAAUAUGCCAACAUCAACUGACAUUAUGGAAAUGAAUAGAAAAGAGUGUAGAAAAAAAAGGAAAAAUAAAUCAACACCAACAUGUCGACGAACAAUAUUACCAAUAAAACAAGAAGUAAAUUAUUUUUUUAAAAAAUUAAAACCAUUAUUUAAAAAAUUACCACGAAAAUCUAAAGCACAUAUUAAAUUGGCAAUUGUUAAUAUGGUUGAUCAAUUAUAAUUUAAUAAAUCUAAUUAUUGUAAAUAUAAAUUAAAAUAUAUUUAAAAGAUGUGGAUCAAAAUUAAAAGAUAUUUUUUUUACUCUGGGUUUUAUGUGUCUAGAUGAUGUCUGUAAAAUUUUAAAUAAAUAUACAAAUUAC